AUGUUGACGACGCUCCAGCUCAAUUGGCGCUCGCCGGAUGGAAGGUUCGAGAAGCAAAUUAUCAAGCGCGGAGUUGCCGGUACAAACAAACCCACAGAACGUGCAAAAUGCGCAUAUUUAAUUAACGACACAAAAAACAAAAGCGAAUUGAUCAUAGGUUUUGAAAACAGCGACUUUGAACGCAACAUCUCCAUACUUUUGCAAACAAUGUGCACAGGGGAAGUUUCCCAAUGCAAAGCACCACAUAAUGACAACUUCAAACUGAAAUUAGUUGAGUUCCAAUCCGCAGGGAUGAUUUACGAAUGGCCGGCUGGUGUUAAACAUAAUCUAGCGCAAGAAUUAAAAACCGCGGGGAAUGCAAACGUGAAAAAAGACGAGUUUAAUGAAGCGGGUUAUAAAUAUCGUAAAGCGUUGAAAUAUUUGCUUUCGAUACCUAUGGAUGUCGAACAUCCGCCAUCUGUGGUCGACGGUGUUACUAUUGCGGAGCUUACCGAGCUCAAAGUGGCUUUGUACAAUAACCUAGCACUGUGCGCGUUCAAAUCCAGAGAGUACGAUCGCGUGUUGAGGUUGUGUGAGAAGUGCCUUGAUUUGGACACGCGCAACGUGAAAGCGACGUAUAAAAUCGGCGAAUCACAUUAUUUUCUUGGUAAUUAUGAAUUAGCGAUGAGUAGUUUUAAGGAGGUGUUGAAUCGCGAGCCGCAUAAUCGCGCCGCGUUUGAUUAUGUGCAAAUGGUGCAGGGUAAGAUCAAGGAGGAGAAGAUUAAGUAUAACGAGAUUGUUAAGAAGAUGUUCCGAUAGUCGGUUGUAGAUUUUUAAUUAUUAAGUGUAUUUAAAAUAAAUGUCUGUUGUAUUCAUUGAAGGUUAUAGAUGUCAGAUGAUGUUAAUAAUAUUAAAUUAUAUUCAAGAUUUA